AAAUUUAUAAUACAUCAACUUACCUUGUAAAAACAGCUUGAAGCAUGAUGUCGUCUAGCAUUGCGGAUUUCUUCAAGGAUGUUGAGGAAAGCAACCAAUCCUUCUCCAGCACUCCGAGCAGCAUCCUGCUGCCCUCCGAUUUGGCCUCAAACCUGGAUGAAAGCUCCUCCGACCAGCUGCAGUUAGAAUCACCCGCCUGGGAUGAGAACAUUGUCGAGCUGUUUAAAGAAUUUGCCGACAACAACGACACAAAAGAGGAGCACCAAAACAACCAGCAAACUGUUGCAGUAAACGCCACUUCCACUACCGUUCACAACGAUUGUUCACAGGAAAGAUCACUAAAACCAGCAAACGCAUUCCUAUUUGAGGACGAUUUACUUGAAACAGCCACACAAAAGCAGAAAAAUGAACACGCGUCGUACGAAACUCAUUGUUUUGUGCCUUCAAGUACGGAAAAUAUCAACCACAGUCCAUCACAGCCUGCUGCUGCUUCACAGCACAGCCCACACGGCAUAGCAACGGGCCACCACACGCAUACCGAGCAGCGCGCACUCGAUAACGACUGGAACACGCACACACAGUACAGUGCGGACCGGUUGGUGGACGGUUGGGAAGAUUCCGGGUUUGACGAAAGCACGAAAUCAGCGCAGGCAGAGGGACCGCUGUCAGCGCCGCUACUACCGGAGGAAGAGGAGGGAAGCCAACUGUCCGAACGGCAUCGCGAGAUACAGACGAAAAUAGUCGACCUGCUGCAGCAAAUCGAACGCUGCGUUACCGAAGGCAUCCCGCUGCCAAUCCGGCGUAGUAAGGCACGCUGGGAAACGUGCAAGAUCGAGAACGGAAUUCUCCAAACGAUCGAACCCUCGCAGGACGGACGAACGAUCCGGCCGUGGAACACACGGCGCCUACAGCUGAUGGUGCAGCUGUUGGCCACCAUCUACCAGCUGCUUACUACCGGCUCGAGCUGCACGAAGCGGGAGCUUUACUAUCUGCACCUGGAGCUAGCGCAAACACCGGCCUAUACGUACGCUACGCUCGAGGACGUCUGUGCGCUGCUCGAUGCCGACCCGUGGGAGCUGCACGUGUACAACACCUCGAAAGGGUUGAUCGCGGGCCCGAUAGUACUCACGCUGAGCGAUGGACAGCGGAUCGAUUGCAAUGGUCGAUGGGGCACGGCAGUGCCGCUGGAUGUCGGGAGCGUGACGGAGAUCCGACUAGCGGCCAAGCUGGUGCUGGUCGUUGAGAAGGACACCGUCUUCAAGCGACUGCUGGAGGAUGGCAUUUUGAGCACAUUUCCCGACACACUCGUGCUAAUAACGGCCAAAGGAUAUCCGGAUGUUUCAACGCGACUGCUGCUGAAAAAGAUUUCCGACUGGACGCAUGUGCCCAUCUACGGACUGAUGGAUGCCGAUCCGCAUGGAAUUGAAAUCUUUUGCGUCUACAAAUUUGGCUCACUGGCAAUGGUGCACCAGCAACGAUCGUUGGCCGUGCCGACCAUGCGCUGGAUAGGACUGUUCCCGUCCGACAUUGAGCUGCUCGGGCUGCAGGGUGUUCCGCUGCGGGAAGGUGAGCUGAAGCGCAUCGAGCAGAUGACCAAGCGCCCGUACACCGAGGGACACAUACAGCGGGAGCUGCUGUUGCUCCGUCAGCUCGCGACCAAGGUGGAGAUUGAGAGUCUGUACAACAUUGCGUCUGAUUUCAUUACCACCGUCUAUCUGAAGGGUAAGCUGAAGGAAUGCAUUAGUUUGAGGCAAAAUGUGGAGGAGGAACGUUCUGUGCGGCGUUGAGGACACUAUCUGUCAUCAUGCGCAGAGUAUUUAGCAUAAAAUAGUAUAAGAAUAUCUCUUACUAAACAUCUUCGUAUCAUUUUU